AUGCGACAAUAUCUCCCUAUCCUAUGCUCUCUACUAGUGACAUCUCUUACGGCUUUUGCAACACCAAUUCAAACACCUGCGGCAGUCUAUAGCCAGUCACCACGAGAUGAGAUAUCAACCACCACAGCCAUAUCAUCAACAACGACAGAUCCAACAUCUACAACUACGGAGACGGGAUUUCAUCUUACCCUGAGCCUCAACCUGCCAUCCAACACUUGCCCACCCACCGUCGCACCAGACAAGAAUGGCUGGGUUCCUGUCUCGCAAUGCAAUGCCCUCUAUCUCUACUACCCAUCUUUCAAAGCAGCGAUUGCAUUCGCCGUUCUCUUCGGUCUACUCAUGAUGGCGCAUUUUGUCCAGGCUACCAUCUACAAGGCAGACUUUGCUUGGGUCGUUCUAAUGGCGUUCCUUGGGAAUGCGUGGCUCCACUAUCUCACAUAUACUGAUACCUCUGUCUUUGCGUCAGGGGUCAAUGCAUACUUCUACAUGGUCUUGGCUAGGAUGGCAUACUUCUUCAUACCAGAACUACAAAUCAGCAUCUUCAAACCUUCACUUCUCGCAGCAAUCUUCAUCCUGCUUGACUUUGGUUCUUUCAUCAUCCAGAUCAUCGGCGGAAUGAGCGCAAGCCCGGGCCAACCCAACAAUGCAGUAAUGAAAGGAAUCCACAUAUAA